ACCAUGGGGGCCACCACGCAGGAGGGGAGCGAGUCGGUGCUGAGCCGCCUGGUGGAGGCCGCGGGUGUGUGGGUGACAGGGGGCGGCGCUGUCUCCAAGAUCUCCUCCUCCCCCUCAUCAUCACCUCCACCAGGUCACUGUCUCCAAGAUCUCCUCCUCCCCCUCAUCAUCAUGGUCAUCAUCACCUCCACCAGGUCACUGUCUCCAAGAUCUCCUCCUCCCCCUCAUCAUCAUGGUCAUCAUCACCUCCACCAGGUCACUGUCUCCAAGAUCUCCUCCUCCCCCUCAUCAUCAUGGUCAUCAUCACCUCCACCAGGUCACUGUCUCCAAGAUCUCCUCCUCCCCCUCAUCAUCAUGGUCAUCAUCACCUCCACCAGGUCACUGUCUCCAAGAUCUCCUCCUCCCCCUCAUCAUCACCUCCACCAGGUCACUGUCUCCAAGAUCUCCUCCUCCCCCUCAUCAUCAUGGUCAUCAUCACCUCCACCAGGUCACUGUCUCCAAGAUCUCCUCCUCCCCCUCAUCAUCAUGGUCAUCACCACCUCCACCAGGUCACUGUCUCCAAGAUCUCCUCCUCCCCCUCAUCAUCAUGGUCAUCAUCACCUCCACCAGGUCACUGUCUCCAAGAUCUCCUCCUCCCCCUCACCAUCAUGGUCAUCAUCACCUCCACCAGGUCACUGUCUCCAAGAUCUCCUCCUCCCCCUCAUCAUCAUGGUCAUCAUCACCUCCACCAGGUCACUGUCUCCAAGAUCUCCUCCUCCCCCUCAUCAUCAUGGUCAUCAUCACCUCCACCAGGUCACUGUCUCCAAGAUCUCCUCCUCCCCCUCAUCAUCAUGGUCAUCAUCACCUCCACCAGGUCACUGUCUCCAAGAUCUCCUCCUCCCCCUCAUCAUCAUGGUCAUCAUCACCUCCACCAGGUCACUGUCUCCAAGAUCUCCUCCUCCCCCUCAUCAUCAUGGUCAUCAUCACCUCCACCAGGUCACUGUCUCCAAGAUCUCCUCCUCCCCCUCAUCAUCAUGGUCAUCAUCACCUCCACCAGGUCACUGUCUCCAAGAUCUCCUCCUCCUUCAUCGGGAAAAGCUGGAGCCGUGCGUGAAGAGGUCAGCUAUGGGGUGUGGCCAGCUCCAGAGGCGCUGGGUGGACUGAUUCUGGAGGCAGCCAGGCGGUGGAGAAGUCAGCUUGGCCCUGGUUCGCCGAGGCCCACGUGGGUCGUGUCUGCCGAAGCGCCUUCUUCACGCCCUAAGUGUCCACUGGUGAUGCUGUCGUGGGCUUCCCGCAUCAGCCUCUCCCGCAUGACCUUCGGAACAACGGUCUGCCAAAACCGUAUUCGCCCGUCCGGCAUCAACCACCGCUACAUCACCCCCACCCAGGGCGAGGGUGUCCACUGCUCCCAGUAG